AUGACGAUACGCUCGCAUUUUGCUCGUUUGCUCAGCGUUUCGUAGAACAGAAAUUGGAAACGCUGUCAUUAAGUUUGUCUCCUUCGGCUCUCCGUAGAUCACCGACAUAUUGUUUGUGAGGAGCAAAUUCUGGAAGACGAGGAGAGUGUUAAGAUUACAACGUUGAUAUAACCAGUAAUCAAAGCGUAUAUCAGCAAAGAAAAUACGAUGGAGCCUUCAGGAAGUCCUGCAAAGGAUAAUUUCAGGAUGAACCGCUACAAGAACAAAGCACUCAACCUGGAGGAGAUGCGUCGGAGAAGGGAGGAGGAAGGCAUUCAGCUGAGGAAACAGAAACGAGAGCAACAGCUGUUUAAGAGGAGAAAUGUGGAGCUGCUGGGUGAAGAAGGGGGAAUGUUUGACAGUCCACUUACGGAUUCCUACAUCUCCUCCACCACAGCACCAGAUGGAGUAAUUACAAGAGACAUGGUUGAAAUGCUCUUCUCAGAAGAUCCUGAACUACAACUGGUCACAACACAGAGAUUCAGAAAACUGCUUUCCAAAGAACCAAACCCUCCUAUUGACGAGGUUAUAAGCACACCGGGAGUUGUGAAUAGAUUCGUUGAGUUCAUUCAGAAAAGUACCAAUUGCACUUUACAGGUGAGAUGUGAUGAAAUAAAGCUAAACUACUCAGAAAAGCUGAAAAGAAAACAGGCAGCCAGUUUGUUAUGGGCUAUCUUGAGUCUGAAACUGUCAUCCAGCGAGCUGUUUCAGUUUGCAGCCGGUUUCUAUGUGUCUCCAUGCCUGCCUGUGCUGUCCCGUCUUUUGUUCAGCAGUGAUUCAGACCUGCUGGCUGAUGCCUGUUGGGCUUUGUCCUAUCUCUCUGAUGGGCCCAAUGAGAAGAUCCAAGCAGUUAUUGAUUCAGGGGUCUGCAGGAGGCUGGUGGAGCUGCUCAUGCAUACCGAUUACAAGGUGGCCUCUCCUGCUCUGAGGGCCGUUGGAAACAUUGUUACAGGAGAUGACAUUCAGACACAGGUGGUGUUGAACUGCUCAGCUCUCCCCUGCCUCCUGCACCUGCUCAGUAGUGCCAAGGAAUCCAUCAGGAAGGAGGCCUGCUGGACUAUCUCCAACAUCACAGCGGGAAACAGAGCGCAGAUUCAGACCGUAAUAGAUGCAAACAUCUUCCCAGUCUUGAUAGAUAUCCUACAGAAAGCAGAAUUCCGCACCAGGAAGGAGGCGGUGUGGGCGAUCACUAAUGCCACGUCAGGUGGCACACCUGAGCAGAUCAGGUAUCUGGUGAAUUUGGGCUGCAUUAAACCUCUUUGUGAUCUUUUGACUGUGAUGGACUCCAAGAUCGUACUGGUGGCUUUGAAUGGUUUGGAGAACAUUCUCAGACUGGGAGAGCAGGAGGCCAAACAGAACGCCAGCGGCCUCAACCCUUACUGCAGUCUUAUAGAGGAAGCCUAUGGUUUGGACAAAAUCGAGUUCCUACAGAGUCAUGAAAAUCAGGAGAUCUACCAGAAAGCCUUUGACCUCAUCGAGCACUAUUUUGGAGCAGAGGAAGAGGAUGCCAGUCUGGCACCACAGGUGGAUGAGAACCAGCAGCAGUUUCUUUUCCCGCAGCAGGAGGCCCCCAUGGAUGGCUUCCAGCUAUAACCAACCUUCAGACACUUCCCGGCUGCCCCUUCCCUUUACACCCAUCCCUGCACCCCAUACCGGUACUAAAACAUACGUCGGAAACACUCAGAGUGCAACCAUUCAUAUCUGGGUGAAGCAAAUUUUCGACCCGUGACACAGACUGAUUUAUUUAUUCACUGAGGUGUGUCUCACACAGGGGAACAUAUCCACUGCCCUGUCACACACAAGAGAGCUGGAUUUUAGUUUUUU